AUCAACAACCAGGUUGCUAUGUGAUCAGUUAUAAGAAGCGGCACUAAUGCGCCCCUUGAUGCUGAUUCAGAAGUUUCAUAAUAAAAGUGUCUUUCUUUCAAACAAUGUGGAUUCAUGUCGAAGAGCUACAGUAUUUUAGAGACUAUACGUUCAGAACAAAGCCAGAAAGAAGACACACACAACAUGUCCUCUGUCUAUUUCAGUCCAGGCUCGGAUUCAGGUGUAAAUGGAAACAUUGCAAAGAUGGAGGAUGCUAAAGUGGAGAUUGACGACGGAAAGGAUGAGAGUGUGGUACCAGACACAAUGUAUCACAAUACCCGCAAGAAGAUAGCUCCUUUUGUUAUGUCCUUUGGAUUUCGUAUAUUUGGAGUGAUACUGAUUCUGGUGGACUUUGUGCUGGUGAUCGUGGACUUAUCCCUGCCGGCCAAGAGCAGAGAGGUUGGAGAUGCCUUAGAGGCUGUGUCCCUUACCAUCUCCUUCUUCUUUCUCUCUGAUGUUCUGCUGAGGGUCUAUGUGGAUGGGUUCAAAGUUUAUUUCACAUCCAAACUGAACAUCGUAGACGCCUGUGUUGUGGUAAUCACGCUGGUGGUCACCAUGAUCUAUACCUUCACUGACCUGUCAGGAGCCAGUCUUAUUCCCAGAGUGGUGACAUUUUUCCGUUUCCUGAGAAUAAUAAUCCUGGUGAGGGUUUUCAGACUGGCAGCUCAGAGGAAAGAGCUGGAGAAGGUCACCAGGAGGAUGGUUUCUGAGAACAAGCGGCGUUAUCAGAAAGAUGGAUUUGACCUUGACCUUACCUAUGUCACAGACCGUGUCAUCGCCAUGUCUUUCCCCUCAUCCGGGAAGCAGUCGUUCUACAGGAAUCCUAUCAGGGAGGUGGCGAGGUUCCUUGACACUAAACAUGACGGCCACUAUAAAGUUUACAACCUGUGCAGUGAGAAAGGCUACGACCCCCAGUUCUUCCACUACAAGGUUGAACGUGUGUUCAUUGAUGACCACAAUGUCCCCUCAUUGGCGGACAUGCUGAAAUACACAGCAAACGUCAGGGAGUGGAUGUCUGCCGAUCCCAAAAACAUCAUCGCUAUUCACUGUAAAGGAGGGAAAGGACGCACAGGUACUAUGGUGUGCACCUGGUUUAUUGACAGUGACCAGUUUGAGAGCGCGCAGGACAGUCUGGACUAUUUUGGUGAGAGGAGGACAGACAAGAGUCAGAGCUCCAAGUUUCAGGGAGUGGAGACUCCCUCUCAGAGCCGGUACGUGGGGUACUACGAGAUCAUGAAGACCAAGUUCAACAGACAGCUGCCCCCACCUAAAAGCCUCGGGAUCAAGAGCAUCCGCAUCCACUCCAUAGCAGGUGUAGGUAAAGGUAACGGCAGUGAUCUCAAAGUGAAGAUAAUUGUGAGGAAAGAGCUGGUAUUUCAAUGUGUGUGUGCCAAACAGGAGAACUGUACAGUAUUUACUGAUGUGGGCAGUAAUGCAGCUGUCAUCAGCCUACGCAAUGGGCCUGUGGUUGAAGGGGAUGUGAAGGUCAUGUUUGAAUCAAGUGCUGGUCUUCCAAAAGGGUAUGAAGAUGUUCCGUUCUACUUCUGGUUCAAUACCUCCUUCGUAGAGGACAACAGGCUGUUCCUACCCAGAGACGAGCUGGACAACCCACACAAACCGAAGACCUGGGACUUGUACAAGGAGGAGUUUGGUGUAACCAUGUUGUUCUCAGAUCCAUAAUAAAAGCUCUUUUUUUAGAAAGAGGAUGAAAUGACUUGUUAGUUGUACUUGUAUGAUGGGGAGCAGAAAUAUGUAGACUGAAUACUAAGACAUUAGUUCAUGGUUAAAAUUGAAGAGGCAUUACAUGACUUUUGUUCAUGUUGUACAAUCUGUGGAGUCGUCCUCCAGAGUCAAAUCAUGUAGACUGCAGUGUUGCUGCGUUGUGGCACAAACUGAAAUUUAUAGCGGGACAUGAAGAUUUACCAUUAAAUGUUGUCUUCCAGUGAAUCAGAUGAUAUGUAUGCAUAGUAACUCUUUAGGUGUUAUAAAUAAAAAUCUGAAAACAUUUGUA